UAUAUUCGCAUGAGAUACAACGCUUUCAUUUCGCUGACGGCAUGUGCAAUUUACAUCAUUUUAACGCAAAGUGUCGGCGCAGCACUCAUCUUUUCAGCCGCACUCACAUCGUCUACGAUAUUCGGCCUACCGGUCACAGUAGCCAGCAUCCUUUUCGGGCUAAUGGGAACCUACUACGGGGCGAUUGCGGGUCUUCGUGGUGUCGUGUGGACGGACUGCCUGCAGGCGCUUAUCACCCUACUGGCGCCACUGGUGGUCAUCGGCAAAGUUGUCUACGACUCGAUCACUGGCACAAUACCCUUGCGCCCCUUGAACGACAUCGACAUCAGCAAGUACAUACUGGACGCCAGAAUUGACUUGACCAAGGACGAAAACGUGUGGUCCUGCCUCGUCGGAGGUGCGGCGUCUUUCCUUUACCGGCUGGGGUUCGACCAGAUGGUUCUGCAGAGAUACCUUGCAUCUAGAAACCUCAGUGCUGCCCAGAGAACUGCCAUAGUCGGAGUAUGGUUUUCCGCUCUGUACUACCUGGUUCUGAUGGCAGGAGCUGCAGCCCUAAUCUAUAGGUUUCGAGACUGUGAUCCGCUGCUGUCUAAAUCCAUAUCAACGGUGGACCAGAUUCUCCCUUAUUACGUGAAAAAUGAGCUGGCACCUGUGUUGGGAUUUUCUGGUAUAUUUCUGGCCGGAGUAGUGAGCUCCUCUACAAGCGCUGUUUCAUCCAUCAUCAACUCGCAAGCGGCCGUCUUGUACGUCGACGUUGCUUCCCAGUACUUCCCAAUAAAGGAAGCGUGGGCUUCCAGGGCUACAAAAGGACUUGCCUUUGCAUCAGGUAUAGUUAUGACUGCUUACAGCCUGGCGGUUCCUUUCAUUGGCUCUACGAUGAGAAUUUUCGUGCUGAUCAACAGUGCCGUGACGGGCCCCUUCGUCGGCCUCCUCGUGCUCGCAAUCCUCUUCCCUUUCGCCAACUCCAAGGGAGCAGGAGCGGCGGCAUGUCUUACCAUUGCCUUCCAGAUAUGGCACAUGAUCGGUAGACUGCGAAGCGGUAUCCUUCCUGAUCGCAUGCCGGUAACAAUGGACUAUUGCGCCGACAAUACGACGACCGAAUUCAAUACGACACAGUAUCUGUCAAACACGACGAACUUCGCACGGUCGGAAGACGACUUCAUGCUCUAUCGUCUAUCAUCGUUUUGGAGCAGUUUCUUCAGCGUGAUUGCCACCGUUUCUGUAGGAGUUGUUAUCAGCCUUCUCACAGGAGGACAAGAAACUGCUGAUAUGCACGAACACCUGGUUGACGACACUUUUCGUACGGCGUGGAGAAAGUCAACGCGACGUCAAGUCAGCCAGCGCAACGAGCAGAUACCCAGUGCGCCAGUGUUAACGGGAAGAACAUCCCGCAUUUUAGAAGAUGUUCCGAAGCUUGCUAUCGACGAGGGAGAGCUCGAAAAAUUGACGAAAGAAACCCAAGUAUGAAAGUAACACUUUUGUAAAAAGUGACGCUUCAUUACUGAUAUCAACGCGAACGCCACAACAUAAAUGAAUUUUCAUUUGCCUUAGUUUUUGGCCAUUAAAAUCUCCUUUUCAACAGUG